AGUUGAUGCACUCAACAUUGGAGGAGUUCCCAACAUCAGCAACAUUCUCCAAUACGCUGGGGAUGUGCAGUCACAUGAUUUCGUCGGGUGUGCUCACAGCUUCGAGGUGAAUGGCAUUGACAUGCUGGACGUCAGAGGGGCCCUUCAUCGCGCAGGGAGUCGCUGACAAGUGUCCGAGGUCAAGCCCAGGAGGCCAGUGUGCUUUGAUGUCAUGUCAGAAUGGCGGUCGGUGUGUGGACGAGUGGACGACCACCAGGUGUCAGUGCAGAAAGGAUUACAUGGGAGACAAGUGUGAAGAAGAAUGGAAGCCAUUUGGGUUUGGACCUGAUGCAACAGUGGAGUACAAGGUUCGGGACAGUUAUCGCAGAGACACAAAAGUGUCAGAAGUGACGUCUCGGAGAAAACGAGCAUUGGACAGUUCAAAGGUUUUCCUUCGAUUCCGAACAACAAAAUCCAGUGGAAAUCUGUUGUAUGUUGCCAUCAACAACAAGAAAUCCUAUAUCUGGAUUGAGGACAGCACUAUAAAGUUUGUCCUGAUGAAUGGUGAUGUGAAUGACCCACUGUCAAUUGAGGGUGCAACUGUGACAGAUGGCGAGUGGCACAACGUGACGGUGACUGGAUCAGGAAGCAACUUCAUCCUCAAAGUGGACAAAACUACCACCGAGUCCAAGAAUUUUGGAUCAUCCUUCGACUUUUCUUCCGUUGAUGUAUCAGAAAUGAAAUUAAGUGGAGAAAGAACUGUUCCAAGUGGUUCCGAAAUACCAGGUUUUGAUGGUUGUAUCUCCUCCUUCUUCAUUGAUGAUGAGAAACUUCCAUUCGGAGGAUCUGAUGGUCGGUACGAGAUCACGGUGUCCGGAAGUGUUGAGACUGGUUGUCAAGCCCUGUGUGAGAACAACCCCUGCGGAGGUGGGCAGACGUGUAGUGUAGAUGGAGAGGCGAUAGCCUGUAUUGCAGCCCCCGACAACGGUGGAGGUCUCCAGAUCGGAGUCAUCAUUGUCAUCUGUUUCUUCACUCUGCUUAUAAUCGCCAUCGUCAUUGUGUUCAUCAUCUUCAAGCGACGUGGAAUGUGCCGGAAAACGUGUCUGAAGAGUCAGACGAAGACAAAUGGCAACCUGGGCCACAGUCUGGGUGGGUCUCAGGAGAACCCAGACUCAGGAUAUGUGGAGAACCCAAAUGAGGAGAUGAUCAUCGGUAACCACAUCACCAAUGAACUGAUGCUCCAGAAGAGUAGCUCACUUUCGACAAAACCAGAUUUGAUUGGAUCCAACACGAUGGGCCGAGCUCUUCCUCAGCCAGUGGAAUUAGAAGAUGGUACUGUGAUUGUUGAAAAUGGAGGCAGUGUCAGCCACAUGCAGCCAUAUGAUGAGAAUAUCCCGGAGUGUUACGAUCUGGAAAAUGCCAGCAGUAUUGCUCCCUCAGAUAUAGACGUGGCACUGCAUUACAGACAUUUACGCAAUGGCCAGGGGCCAAAAUUCAGACCUAACCCUCAUUCAUAUCAGCAGAAGGCUCCGUAUGGUCGCCAUGGUGAGAGCCCAUUGACAUUUGGCCCUGGUGGCCGUCCUGGAUCGGUUAGUCCAAGCAUGCUCAAACCUCGAAAUGGCUACCAAAAUCCUAGCUCCAUGACUGGGUCUGCUGUGUCAGUACCCGCAAGGAACAGUCCACAUGUUCUAAAUGUGCGGAGACCCAACUCAGCACAGGCUGUGAUGAGGAAUAGUCCUCUUCAAAAUAAUCACAGGGCCAGUCCUCUUGGCCAGCUUCAGAUGAGAAACACCCCGUUGUCGCAGGCUCACAGCCGGAGCAACUCGGCACAUUCUCUCGGGAGCCAUCACAGCCACAGCAGCUCCAGCUCAUCAGCUCCCAGGAUCCCUACUUCCCAUCUACACAAGCCUGCCAGACAUAGCAGGAAGCAUGGGGAGAAAGGCCUGACUGUGGAAGAGAUUAACCGGCUAAAUGCCCGACCAGACAAUACUGCACCUGUCAGCAUGGCUGAAGCCUUGUCUUCCUCCAGUGGUGACCAUAAAUAUCGUAGCAUGAAGCUACAGGAACAGCUGGAUAGUGGAGUGUUGUUGGAGCCGCCAGACUCCAGUUCUGAGGACAGUGGAGCCAAUGAUUCCUUCACUUGCUCCGAGUUCGAGUAUGAAAACGACAGGACCAGAACAGACUUUGACCAGGGUUUGAUAUUCUCCAAGUUGCCUGAUGUACACGAAACUGACGAAAACCCCAUUGAUAGUCGUGUGAAUUCAGAUGGUAUGGAUUCUAAUGGUGAUUCCUUCACAAGUACUGUUGCCUCGUCAGAGGACAAUCCCUUCAACCCCAAUCAAAAACCAAAUGGGGCAUUCAAUUUUGAUGCCCUUUUGAAUUGGGGUCCGAACUUUGAUAAACUUGUAGGAGUGUUUAAAGACAUUGCCUUGUUGCCAGACAAUGAGAAACAAGCACUUGAAGGAGUUCCAGGAAAUGAUUAUGAAGAAUAUGUUUAGGUAUUAGUUAAUCAAUGGCUAUUAAUUCUCAUUUGUUACUACAGCAGUCAUUUGUGAGAUCUUCAUUAUCGAGAAUCCUCCAUGGUACACAAUGGAUUUCAGAUUCAACUGAAAUAUUUUACCUCAGCAUCGAGUAUCAAAAUGUAGAUAUCCUUUUCUAUGGUGUCGUUUAGCAAUAUGUACAUGUUCACUUUUGAACCACCAUUUUUCAAUUGUAAAUAAUUAAGUUUUAUUUUAACAAUGGUGAUUAUUUAUGUUCUGCACCAAAGAGCAAAUUGUAGAGAAGGCUUUGUUGACCCGUAUAAGGCAAAUAACCAUUGUUCCAGAUACGAAAUACAGGAUUCACAUCAGAUGUAAAUAUUGUCUUGUGAUGUUAAGUAUUAGAUUGGACUGGAACAUUGAGAUUUGUAUUUAGUCAGCAAGGCCAACUAUUCUGUAGAAGACACAAGCACAUCUGCUUAAGUGGAGGCAAACCAAUGAAUCUCGUCUGUAAUGCGUAGAUAAACAAAUACAACUUUCCUUAAAACUACUUGGCAUAAAUGUAAGUGUAAGUGCGUCAUUGGAAUGACAAACAACUGUUUGUGAUAACAAAAAUAUUUGAUAAUGUCCACUCAGUUAUGUAAUUGAAUUAGACAACACAUUAGGCAUCUGGUGUUUGGCAAUGUCUAUGAGAAAUGGAUGAUGUUUAAAGUUGUGCAUGUUUAUGUACAUGUUAUUAAGACGAGUUUGAGUAGAAAAUGAGAUUAAUGAGACGUAGCUUAGCAAAAAGUGACGCAAAUCUUAAAUUGCAGAAAAAUUACUCUGACAAAUCAAACGUAAUUUGUAAGAGAUGUUGUUCAUCUUGUAAAUCAUUUCUUCAUUUGUGUAAUCGCCAUUUUUGUGCCCCAUGUGCAUCUUUUGCUAGUUUCAAAUCACUUGAAGGUUAUGCCUCCAGAGAAAUGGAAGUUAAACAUCACUUAGUGUAGUUUCCAUGGCAACACCACAAGGAGCACUAUUUAUUUUUGAUACAAAUUGUAUGGUUGAUUGUAUGAGUGUGUUUGAUAUUUUUAUUGUGUACAGAAAAGCUGCUUUUACAAUCCUGAUAUUUUACUCGUGUACAGCAAUCACGUCAGGUCUAAAGGCAGGUGAAUUUGCUGAUCGGUGUGUGUUGUUUGGAGAUGUAAAUUAUCAUCACCUGAAUCGAAGUUCUUGCCAGUAUCUCCAACAAUUUGCAAGAUGGGUGACGUUUUAUGUGGAUAACAUUCUCAUUGCCAUAUAACCGAAUCCAAACAGUGAGAUUCUUCCAAAACUCUGCUCUCAGCUGAUGAUGAAGGGCUGAAAUCGAUGUACCGCAAUUGGAUAUUACAGCAACUAUGUAUGGUUAUGCAACUUGUCUUUGUGAAAAAAUGAUGUCAUUAUUACUUAAGAAUCUAUUACAUGUCUACUAAACCUUUGUGAGAAGUGGUUUUGAAAUCAGCGUCUUGAAGAAGUCACUUGUUCCCAUUCUUAUUUGUGUCACCAUGGAAACAGUGGACAGGCAGAUUUUUGUGUCAUCACCCUUGUAUAUACUCACAUUGUCCAUGUUUUAUUGUCAUGACGACGAUGUACACAAAUGCCUUCCAUUCAGUUGCAAUGAGUGGUAAAAGAGUUGUCUCCCUUCACAUUCCAUACUCCAUAGAUAACAUGUCGUCAAUUCUUUGUAUUGAGAUUAUCAAUUACAUUGUCAGUUACACAGAAUCAUUGACAGUUUAUUGUUAUGUUUUAAGUGCUGGUGUUAAUGCAAUUCUGUGGAAGCUAUGUUAUUGGCUGACUGCCAGACCUGAAGCCAGUUAAUCAUCGUCAUGCAAUGAAUGUUCAGGCACUGAUCUUCCAUGAAGAUAUUGGUAACACAUAGAUCAACAAUAUCGGCAUGUUGUUAUCUAUAUGUUAUCCCAAUAUUUCCAUAUAUUUCUGCAUAAUGGCAGUGUUAAGUCUUUGAGUUGAGUUGAAGUCAGUCUAUGUUUACCACUUUCACCAGUAGGGUGCAGAUCAAGAGACCAAAAAAUGAUACUCAUGACAAUCAGGUUUUUGUUCUGGCUGAACCUUGUGGCGAUAAAAAGUAUCUGAAAUUGAAAUAAUCAUAAAAUAUUUAAAUGAAAUAAAAUUUUGUGAACAUCAUUAGUCUCAUGAUGACUGCAAACUACUAUGUGCUAAAGGAAGGCUUUAGUCUGCUAUGGCCUUAUUCUCGAUUCCUAUGCAAGCUGCCAAAGACUGACAGUGUAUCAAGUACUUGUACAGUUGUCAUUCAGUUGUAUUGUAAUUGUUAUUGGUUUGUUUGAUAUCUGAAUGCAAGGUGCGAACAGGCCGUGUCAUCUGUAUCUGUGGUCAGAAAUAUAAUUCAACAUGAUGAAAUAAAAUGCCAAAUAAAUAUUUAAUAAAA